ACAUCCGGGUACUUUUGCGAAUCUAUACCUAUCGAGCAAUGGCCGCCACGCUCCACACAAUCACAGACGUUAAGUACGCGCGCCUAUGGCGACUCCGCACUCUAGCGUAGUUAGUAUACAUCUCUAUGGGUACGGUCUGACUGGAAUGCUCAAUGUGAAACUUAACCAGGGAAGUGUUCCCUGGUGAAACCAUUAAGACGGAAAAGACGCACGUGACCAAUCAUGGGGAAGAGAAAGCUAGCUCAAAUAAUUCUUGAAAAUAAGAAAAAGAAGAAGAGAACGGACCCAAUACACAAGACGCAAAAAGCCACGGAAAAGACUGGGGCAGUGGCCAGAUGGACAAACAAAGAAAGGACACUAAUAUUUGCAUCGCGAGGAGUAUCCUAUAGAGGGCGCCAUCUCAUGAAUGAUCUCCGAACCCUAUUGCCUCAUUCAAGAUCAGAUUCCAAAAUGGAUAGAAAAGACAAUGUGUUUCUUAUCAAUGAAGUCUGUGAAAUGAGAAAUUGUAACAAGUGUCUGUUCUUUGAAGCAAGGAAAAAGAUGGAUCUUUACCUAUGGGCAGCAAACAUUCCUCAUGGUCCGUCGGCAAAGUUUCUGGUAGAAAACAUUCACACAAUGGCGGAGUUAAAGCUGACAGGAAAUUGCUUGAAAGGGUCACGCCCUCUGUUGUCCUUUGACCCCCAGUUUGAUGAGUCACCUCAUUUUAGUCUUCUAAAAGAACUCUUCAUUCAGAUAUUCAGUACUCCUUACCUACACCCAAAGAGCCAGCCUUUCAUUGAUAACAUCUACACAUUCACUAUACUGGACAACAGGAUAUGGUUCAGAAACUAUCAGAUAGUAGAAGAGGAUGGGUCGUUGGCUGAGGUAGGACCUCGUUUAGUGCUCAAUCUCAUCACGAUCUUCAACGGGAGCUUCCGUGGUCCCACUCUCUAUGAAAACCCACAUUAUGUCUCGCCAAACCAGCACCGUCGACUGAUGAAGAACCAAGCAUCGCUGAAGUACCAGAACAGGGUUGAGUCCAAGAUGGGUCGUAUCGAGAGGAAGGAAACGGAGACUUACAAGAUGGACAAUCUAGAUGAAGUAUUCCAUACCAUCAGACCGGAAGACGCCAAGGGAGCAGAGAAGUUGACAUUCUUCAGGAAAUGAAGGAGAACUCCCGCAUUUUAAAGAGAGGAGGACCCUAGAACUGGACAUUCGUCAUGAUUUAAGUAAACUCCUGUAUAGGAAGUCUACAUGCCUGCUAUACUUUAACUCUUAACGUGCCACCGUUGCCAGUCGACACCAAAUGACACACGUAAAUCCCAUUGAGGUGAAAUUUUUCUGGCACAGUAAGAGUUAACACCGCAUCACUUUCUUCCUCAGAGAUCCUUCCGUCUCAGCUGAGUGUUGUACACAGGUUGGAACUUGGAAAGGGCUUGAAGAGUAGAUGCUAUUUACGUAUGACAUCCUGAUACAGAAAUAAUCAAAGCAUCUAAUAGCUAGUUCUAUUUUUUCCUCCAGCCUACCACUUCACGCUAUGUGGACUACCACACCAUUAUUACUACAUGAGUUACGGGCAAACUUGUUGGCCUUUCAAAUUAUUUUUAUAUAAUUUUUUGAUGCAGAUAACUAAAGAGGCCUUCUAAUUAAGCUGUUGUUUACAGGAUUGAGUUGCAGUGUACAGUCUUGAGUUUUUCCAAAACCCUGUAUUGGCCAGGGCAACUCACUGACUCAAUCUGUACAACAGUUAAUUUACAUAGUUUCUUUUUCUUUUUUCUUUCUUUCUUUAUUUAUUAUGGCUGCGUUGUGGUCUAGUGGUUCUGAUUCUCGCCUUUCAAACAGAGGGUCAUGGGUUCGAAUCCUAGCCAUGGCAUGUUUUCCUUCAGCAAGAAAUGUAUCCACACUUUGCUGCAUUCGACCCAGGUGAGGUAAAUGGGUUCCAGCAGGAAGUAAUUCCUCAAAAAGCUGUGCACACCAGAAUCAGUAGACUUAGCUUAGCCAGGGUAAUAUCGGAGCACCUUGAGCACCUAGCAAGGUGGAUACGUGCGCUAUACAAAUCCUAUAUUUUUUUUUUUUUGGGGGGGGGGCAUGGUUUUGCUUUAUGAGAGUCUGUUAGCCUCAUAGAAGAAGAUACAAAUUGUCAAGUCAUUAUUUAGCACAGAAAUUCCGAAGCUUCCCAGCCUCUAUGAUUUUCAGGGUGAAUCCCUGAAAACGGCAGGAUUUUUACUUGUGAAUAAUAUAUGAUCCUCGACAUCACCAAGUUCAUCCCUUGUUUCAUGAUCUGAUUAGCAUACUGCAAAAAAUGUAAUUCUAAGGUAAUCGCUUCUGAAUGUUUACACUGUAAUUUCACAUGCUUAUAGUUUUGAAUUGGGAAUAAUUUAACAGCUAUUGAAAGAUCAGUUGUUUGAUUUUCUGGUGAUUUACUCCAAAUUUUUCUUCAUGCCCUUAUCUGGGAACUUUGGUUCAACUUGUGUGCCAGUUUAUGAAAAGAAGUUUUAACCUCUUACACUCGAAGUAUGACAUGUACAUUCUUUGACUUUAUGAUUUCAUGAGGUCAUCUGUGCAACAUGUAAGUGCAGCAAUAUGUAUCUGAACACUAAAAGGCCCAUGUUUUCAAAGGAGCAUUCAAUCGUACCAUGGUGCAAAACCAUGGACUGUAACAUAAUUAUCCCUACACUAUAAAGAAAAGUCCAAUUAGGAAGGCACGCUUUUUGCAAUGGGCGCUAAAUUCAUGAUUGAAUGAAGAGUGAUAAUACAUGAAAUUUGCAUAAUCCAUAGUUUUGUACCAUGCUGUGAUAAAAUUGAAACCUCUUGAGUAUACAGGCCAAAAUGCUGCUGAGCAUUAAUAACAGGCCCUUAUUACUUCUAAAAUAAAACUCACUUUUGGCCUGAAGCUUGGUUUGACACAUGAUGUAAUCAAUCCACUGGGUAUAAAGUGGGUUUUAUGAGACAUUCAUGAUUCAGAUAAAAUAUGGGCCUGGUGGGUGUUUCAUUAAGCUGAUCUUAAAGAUAAAUUCCAGUUUUGGUAACGAUCUCAAAAUGACUUUUUACAGAAUCUAAUAUAAUGACCACCCAAGUGUCUGUUUGUAUGAAUAAAAAAUAUGUGCCAAAGGAUUCUCGAAGAAAUUGUGUAAUUGCUGAGAAAUAAGCAAAAUAAGCGCGGAUUCGGUCACUUCCGUCGGGUCUUUAUUCCAGCAAUAAUAAUACACUGUCCCACGUGUGCCUAUCUGUGUUGGUGACCUUCAGUGUGAACAUUUUUCAGCGUGGAUUUCAAGAUUUCACAAAUUUCAGUUUAUGUAACUGUACCAGAUCUAGAUCCUCGAUGAUAUACUGACAAUUAAGCCUGUUUUUAAGACUUUCUCAUGAAAUCAGUGUUUACUGCAAAUACUGGCAUUUCUCUUUAAGUUACGAAUGACUAGUGAUCCUAUCUUGCACUAAAAUUAUGCGCACCGAAAUGUCAAUGGUGUUGAUUAUUUAAAGCUCCUAAGAAAGGGUCACUAGUUGUUCAUAAAGUUCAAACUUACAGUUGCUUGUAACUUACGAACGGCUUUAUGAAACACCCACCCGGUAACAGCUGAGCGAUUGAUCAUAGGGACUGAUCUUUGCAUUUCUUAACCAUUGAUCAUUAUAUGGAAUCAAGCGUACAGAUCAUCUUUACAAAUCAAUCGCUAAGCUUUUUGCAUUAUGGACUCUUAUAAAAUAUUCAUUAAGAAUAAGAUAUGCUUUUGUCAAAGUAAAGUAUUAAAUGAAUUUAUAGAAAGAUAAAAUUUCCUUGUGUUAUGAUAUCAAAUAAAAAUUCAUCGAGUACAGUUCUA